AUGAAUAUUCUUGACGCUGAAAAUUCGCCCGCUAAACAAAUCAGUGCGCACAAUACCCAUGUCUCCGGCUCGUUUAUGAACCCGGAAGCUGUGCGUAAGCUUGCUGAAGUGAGCGAUGUAUUGACCGCCGAGAUCGAACAUGUUGAUACCUAUGCCCUAGAGGAAGUUGAAUCGCUUGUCAAGGUUGAGCCGAGCUGGAAGAGCAUCAGGAUUAUCCAAGAUAAAUAUGCGCAGAAGCAGCAUUUGUCGAAGUUUAACAUCCCCAUGGCUGAUUAUCGGGAAAUCCGAGAUAACACCCCAGAAGAAUUGGCAAAGAUUGGAGAGGCCUUCGGCUAUCCGUUUAUGCUGAAAUCGAAGACUGGAGCUUAUGAUGGAAGAGGUAACUAUACGGUUAAAGGAGAGUCGGACAUACCUCCUGCCUUGGAGGCUUUGAAAGGGCGGCCACUUUAUGCUGAGAAAUGGGCCAAAUUCAGAAUGGAGCUUGCCGUCAUUGUCGUCAAAACAAAGGACAAUGUACUGUCAUACCCCACUGUGGAAACUGUCCAGGAAGACUCCAUUUGCAAACUAGUUUAUGCUCCCGCUCGAGGCGUAUCUGACAAGGUAAACGAGAAAGCUCAAGAGCUAGCUAGAAAUGCUGUUGCUGCUUUCGAGGGCAAGGGUGUCUUUGGAGUAGAGAUGUUCCUCCUUGACGACGACUCUCUCCUUUUAUGCGAACUUGCUAGUCGAAUUCACAAUUCGGGACAUUACACUAUUGAAGGAUGCGGCCUGUCUCAAUUCGAUACCCACCUCCGAGCCAUUCUCGACCUACCCAUCCCCCCGCAGAGCUUGCAGCUACGACAGCCGUCGGUUAUGCUUAAUAUCCUCGGCGGAUCGGCUCCGGACUCCCAUCUAGAUAUCGCGAGAUAUGCGCUCUCAAUACCGAAUGCGAGCAUCCACCUGUAUAGCAAGGGCAAUGCUAGACCAGGCCGAAAAAUGGGACAUAUAACCGUUACCGCCUCUACGAUGCAUGAAGCAGAGACCAUCAUACAACCACUUAUUGAGCAUGUCAACGGCAAAUCGACAUCCGCCCCAUCAACACCACUAAAACCUCAGCCCACCGUGGGUGUAAUAAUGGGAUCUGACAGUGAUCUGAAAACUCUUGUUCCAGGAUUAAAACUUCUACAAGAGUAUUUUGGCAUCGUACCCGAAGUCGAUAUUACGUCGGCUCAUCGCACCCCAGAGUACAUGGCGGAGUAUGCAUCCAAAGCUGCGUCUCGCGGGAUCAAGGUGAUCAUUGCUGCUGCUGGCGGUGCGGCUCAUUUACCUGGAAUGGCUGCCGCGCACACCUCUCUCCCUGUGAUUGGCGUGCCUGUUAAAGGAAGUGCGCUUGAUGGCGUGGAUAGUUUGUAUAGCAUCGUGCAAAUGCCGAGAGGCGUCCCUGUUGCUACGGUUGGAAUCAACAACAGUAUAAAUGCGGCUUUACUGGCAGUGAGAAUACUUGGUGCUUUUAACGAGACCUUGCGUCGAAAGGUCGAGGAGUAUGCCAAAGCAGCGAAGACCGAGAAUCUCGAUAUCAAGGGGGUCAAGAUUAGAGAGAUUGGCUUCGUCGAUGCAUCCGGAUACAAGUUUAAGGAAAAGGACUUCAAGUCAGGAAAGGUCAAAGUGAAGAAACCGGCCUCGAAGCUGGCAAACGGCAUUACUGAGCAGGGCUCAAAGGAUGCAGAACGAGAUUCCAGAGGCUCUUCAUCACCUAUACUACCAGAGAUGGACGCCAACACCAUGGCGGCGUUCCCUACGGGCAAACCAAGAGAAACCAAGCUCGAGACCGUAAUAUGCAAACACUGCAAGAAACCAGCCCUCAAGCAAUCGGCUGCCGAGCAUAUACGUGCGUGUUUAAAAGCCAAACAAGAAAAGGCAAGGAAAAAGAAAGAAGCUCGAGAGGCCAACCGUACAAAAGACAAGCCGGCAGAUAAAGACGGCAAUGAAGACGCAGAGGGAGAAGUUGUUGCAAUGAAGGGUCAGAAGAGCGCGAAGAAGAGUGCUACCGAGGACGGUUCGAAAAAGGGAAAGAAGCGGAAAGUUGAUGCAGACGAGGACAAGGAACCGAAGAAGAAGAAAAAGAAAGACGAGCCGAAGCCCAAGGUCCCGAAGCCCAAGGGGCCAGUAGAUGUUGAGAAACAAUGCGGUGUCAUCCUUCCGAACGGUGCCCAGUGUGCGAGAUCGUUGACAUGCAAAAGUCACUCUAUGGGCGCUAAGAGAGCGGUUCCUGGACGAUCCCUGCCAUAUGACAUGUUGCUCCAAGCUUAUCAGAAAAAGAACCAGGCUCGCCAGCAGAAGGCUGCUAUCGAUGCAAAUGCACCUAUCCACGACGAUAUCGACGGGGCCGGUCCUAUCGACUCGGAUGAGGAGAAGGACGCGGUCAUGGCUGGAUUGGCACGAUCUCGCCCACAGCCGCUUGUGACACACCCGUUGAUGUCCACCAAACGCAAGUACCAUUUAAUACGCAUGAAGGAAAUGUUCUCCCAAGCUCUCGGGGGCGGCGGAGGGGGGCUGUUCUCUGGAGAUUCCGUCUUCUCAGGGCGCAGUCUAUUCUCGAGAUCAGAAUCGCCUCCUUUUGGCUCAUCAGGAGCCGGUAACACAGCAGACGGCCCUUUACAGCAGUCGCAAGAUGGAUCUAGGAAAUCCUCUCUAUCACAGCAAGCGGUCCAAAACCGUACGGCCCAAUCGGGGGUAUCAUCCAAACCCGUUACAGCUUCUUGA